UGAGGCGUUACGCAAAGAAACUUGUACUUAAUUAACGGGACGAGACAUCAUGUAGUUUUUUUCCAUCAGAGAGAGAAAAACCACACGAUUUGCAAAUAACAAACAGAAUACCUUCCGUAUAUCCUCCUCUCCGAUUCCGACUCACCUCCGCUGGUAGCUCUGACCGAUCCUAACAGAAGACAAAUCUCGGGAAGCUAUACAGUUACAAGUUCACGAUGGGUUCUGUAACCACACAACCUCUCUUCUCCUUUGGUGUCAUCGCCGACGUUCAAUACGCCGACAUUCCAGACGGCCGCUCCUUCUUAGGCACUCCUCGAUACUACAGAAACAGCAUCCUCGUCCUACAAAAAGCUGUCCAAGCCUGGAACCAACACGGCCACCUCAAAUUCGUCAUCAACAUGGGUGACAUCGUCGACGGGUUCUGUCCCAAGGACCAAUCCUUAUCCGCCACCAAGAAACUCGUCAACGAAUUCCAAAAAUUCCAAGGCCCUGUCUACCACAUGAUAGGCAACCACUGCCUCUAUAACCUCCCACGCCGAGAGCUGCUUCCUUUGCUCAACAUCCCUUCUCGUGAUGAUGAUAACAACGCUUACUACGAGUUUUCGCCUGCGCCUGAGUAUAGAGUCGUGGUGUUAGAUGGGUAUGACAUCAGUGCUGUUGGUUGGCCUGAGGAUCACCCCAAGACGAUGGCUGCGUUGAAGAUACUUGAGGAGAAGAACCCGAACUCGGAGAAAAACAGCCCCGAGGGGCUUGUGGGUGUUGAGAGGAGGUUUGUUAAGUAUAACGGUGGUGUUGGGGAGAAGCAGCUGGAGUGGCUGGACGGUGUGCUUAAAGAUGCGACGGAGUUGAAUCAGAGAGUUAUUGUCUGCGGGCAUGUGCCUAUGAGCCCUGGUUGUGCGUCCAGUGCUGCUUUGUUGUGGAAUUUUGAUGAAGUGAUGAGUGUUAUACACAAGUAUGAUGUUGUUAAGGUUUGUUUGUCGGGGCAUGAUCAUAAAGGUGGGUACUUUGUUGAUUCUCGUGGGGUUCAUCAUAGGUCGCUGGAAGCUGCUUUGGAGUGUCCACCGGGUACGUAUUCGUUUGGGUAUGUUGAUGUGUAUGAGAACAAGUUGUCUCUUGUUGGUACUGGUCGGAUGCUGAGCACUGAUUUUGAGAUCUAGAGGGUUGCUAAAUGAUAAAAUGUCUUGAAUGCAGAUAUUGUAAACACCAUUCCAUUGCUAUAAGAUGGAUACAUUUUUUUCUUAUUAUUGUUGUGAUUGUAAUAUCAUACGGCUGCAUGUGUACCUAUGUGUUUUUACGCUUUGGGAAUAAGGUGAAAAUAAAAUAUACAUUAGUUUCAGUUUGA